UAGAUGACGGUAUGGUGAAGGUGUGUAAAAGAAUACACUCUUGAACUAUGUAUUUUGAUGUGAUGCUGUUUAUUGCAGUGAGGAGAACAUAUAUUUUCUAUGCAAGAAACUCUGCGAAAAUGGUAGGGCAAAUGCUGAUGGAUCUGAUUUGUUUGUUGUGUUCAUCUCCAAUGAAAAGAAGGCGGCAGGGUCCUUAAGGAAUUCCUUUAUGGAGUUUGAUUUACUGAUUGGGGGCGAACCUCUCAAGUCUUGGUUAUUCAUUGUAGAUCCCGCUUUGGAAUCAGAAGGCGAGUACACGAGCAGAUGGGGUUGUGCUAUGGGAAUUAUCAUGUUGCGUGCAUUCAGAAGAAAAGAGGUGAUGAUGAUGAUGAUGAUGAUGAUGAUGAUGAUGAUGAUGAAUCUUCUUCGACUUUGGUAUUGGAUAUGGAUUCUUCUCUUCCAUUUCCUUCACCCCUUGCUUCCUAUCUGUCUGAAACAAUGAGGCCAGCCUUUGAGCUCUUCUCUGACUUUCAGAGGGGUAGUAUUUUAAGUCCUGAUACGGAUUUUGUUUCCUUUCGUGACUGGAUGACUGCCCUAUAGGAGGAGUUUGAAUUUGCCAUUCCAUAUAACCACUAGGCCAGUGCCUUAUAGUUCAAUUAGAAAACUAACCGACCAUGACUUCUUAGAAAAGUGUACUACAUACGAUAGUAGUGGGCUAGUGGCAUGUUGUUGAUGUUGACAAAUUCACAUGUUAUGCAGUCUUCAGUUUUUGAACUUGUUUGUGCAAUGUAUUGCAUUUACUUUCUCUUCUCUCAACCGACCUAAUUCAUUCGUCUCAGUGUGAUACCUUUUAUAUUUUUGUUUCACGUCAUAUUAUGCAUUGUGAUGUGUGUGUUAUAAUUACCUGGUUUUGGCAGUGCUUAUCAGGUUGUAUCGGGUUGUGCAAGCUCCAGUAUUUCUCCGCGGAUUUGCUUCUGAUAUAAGGCAUAUGAAAGACUCUGCCGGUAACUGGAACGCUCAACCCCCUGCAUAUGAACAGAACCCAUUGCUGCUGAAGGUAACUAACUUCUAUGGAUUGGCUAGGUCUUCAUCAUAUACGCGUAACGUCUUCCUGUCGCUUGAGUUGCCCAUCGUUAUGCAUACAGUGCAUGAUUCUACCUUACUGUGUGACUUGUUGGAAAAAUUUGCAGAUGGAACUGUGAAUAACCUGAAGGAUUACAUGGACAUCCAUGCACCAACCGAGGUGGCGGCAAUUGAAGAGCUGAUAGAGAUGGUGUUGAGGCAGGAUGAGAAGCAUGGGGCGGUAAUAAAGGAGAGCCAGGUGAAGGAAUUCUUCUCACAACUGAAUCUGCCCAAUUGCUCCCACUAACUAGCAGCAAUUAGUAAAUUCUCAGAUAACUGGCAGAAGGAAAAUCUUGUGUCUGCAUAUGCAUGAUUGACCUUACUGUAUUGCUUCUGUGCUCUCGAUUGAUUCGUGGAACGCUGGUCAAGGAAAUAGAAUCAAGCCCAUUAGACAACAUUUGCCAUUGUUGUCCUGACAUUCACUCUCUUUCGAAGCCCAGUCGCACAGUGUAAUGUCCUCGGCCCAAAUAUGGAGGGCUGCGUAAUACACCAUCUUCCCAUUCAAAAGAGGGGCUUAGGCCUGCAAAUGAGCCGAGCUGAGCCGAAUUUUACCCCAGUUUGAGCUUGACUCGUUAACAAAUGAGCUGAGCUCGAGCCCGAGCCAUUUAUUAACGAGCCGAGUUCGAGCUAGGCUGGUUUACUAAAUUCUUAGAUCGUAU